AUGGAUGAUGCAGUUGUGCUUAGGAAGAAAGGUUAUAUCCUGGGGGGUAGCUUGGGGGAGAGUUCCUUUGCAAAAGUCAAAUCGGCCUAUUCAGAGCGUCUCAAAUUCAACGUGGCCGUGAAAAUCACCGACAGGAGGAAAGUGCCGAUCGAGUUCUUGGAAAAAUUCCUGCCCCGGGAGCUGGAAAUCUUAUCCACUGUCAACCAUUGCUCCAUCAUCAAGAUCUACGAGAUCUUUGAGACCUCUGGGAAAGUCUACAUUGUGAUGGAACUUUGCGUCCAGGGCGACUUGCUGGAGUUUAUCAAGAGCAACCGAGGACUCCCCGAGGAAGUUGCGCGCCGGAUGUUUCGCCAGCUGUGUUGUGCCGUCAAGUACUGCCAUGACUUGGAUGUGGCGCACCGGGACCUCAAGUGCGACAACGUUCUCCUCGACAAAGACAUGAAUGUCAAAUUGUCCGAUUUUGGGUUCUCCAAGCGCUGCUUCCGAGAUGGGUGUGGCAGGAUCAUCCCCAGCCAGACUUUUUGCGGCUCCGCUGCGUACGCUGCUCCGGAGGUGAUCCAAGGCAUCCCAUACCACCCCAAAGUUUAUGACAUGUGGAGCCUGGGCGUCAUUCUCUAUGUCAUGGUCUCCGGGUUCUUGCCGUACGAUGACUCCAACGUCAAGCGCAUGCUCCGACUCCAACGGGAACACCGAGUGCUCUUCCCAGAUUCCUUGAGCAUUGAAUGCAAAGAUCUUAUUUUUCGCAUGCUCCAGCCUGACGUUGCCCACCGGCUCCAUAUUGAAGAGGUCUUGAACCACCCUUGGGUGCAGGGAAAGCGUCUCCACUGA